AUGUCUGCUUCUAGUACCGCAUCCUCAAGCCCACCUGCUAGCAGUCCACCUCCACCGGCUCAAGAAACAGAUGCGAGUUUGAAUCAGGAGACCAGUGAGGGGGCGGCUCGCCAUACAAGUCCUAUGAGGAUAUCAAGCAGCCCAAUGAAAAGUGAUAGCGAAGAGAGUGAUGAAGCAAUCAAACACGGCAAUCGAAGUGAGCAAAGCAGUGACCUUGAAAUAACACUAGAACUUCCCGCGAGACUAGGCGGAUUCAACGUUGGUGGUGAUGAUAGAAGUCAACGUUAUAUGGCAGCUGGGGGCGGUUCAUAUACCGUCAGAUCAUUGGUCAGCGAAGAGCAAACGGGUGCAGCGCGAAAUAUCUCUACGCCGGGACAAAGGAUCGUUCCAACCCAUCCAGCUCGAGACCGGAAGAGACGGCUGACAAGCACAGCUGAGCAAGGUCGACUGCAGCGAACACGCUCUGGAGAAAUGAGCAGAUCUAGUGCUCAGACAUUGCCGCAUCGAUCUGCAUCUAUGAUUACCCCGUCGUCAAAGGGAAAGGCCAAUUCAGCUGCUUCUGGGUCCACGUGGGCAACUGCGAUUGAUAUCACUUCUUCCCCGCCAGACGCUGGUCCAUCUGGUAGCCAGGGACAAGCCAAUAGACAGAUUAGCGAGACAGCUAUGCCGAUGCGUCCACCAAAACUCGGUUCUGCGAGUUCCCAUGGCUAUGGACAAGUGCAUAUCGAUGCUGUACUACCAGGAACACGCACAGAUACACAGACACUUGCAGAAGCACUGAGAACCCCGCACACCGAAGCAGAGAUGGAACCAACCCUACCUCGCUGGCAACCUGAUGCUGAAGUGACAAGCUGCCCAAUUUGUGCUGUGGUUUUCAAUUUCUGGCAUAGAAAGCACCAUUGCCGAAAGUGUGGUCGUGUUGUGUGUGCCUCUUGCUCCCCUCAUCGGAUCACUAUUCCCAGGCAGUACAUUGUACGCCCACCCGAAUCCGCUCAGCCACUUGAAUCUUCCCCCGCUCCCCCGCGACAAAUAGUUGAUCUGACUAGCGAUGUCGAUCUUAUUCCCACCACACAAGCUAUCAAUCCCGCUCUGGGAGGAGGCGAAGAGGUCCGUCUUUGCAAUCCCUGUGUGCCAGAUCCCAAUCCAAAUCCGCUCGGCUACGGCGUACGAUCACGCGGUCACCGCUCGACCAACUCAUUGCCUUCCAGCAUGGGUAAUUACAUGUCCAGUGAGGAGAGUGCGUCGAACAACCAGGCCCAUCGUGGCUAUAGCCCUGAAUUCCUACAAGAAUUGGGCUAUAAUGUACGACAGAGUCUCCGAGAUCAAGGCACAGAGCGAAAUGGCUCCGGUCACCACCACCAUCACUCUCAAUCUGACCUUCCAUCUUCCCAUCAUUCCGUCACAAUAGCGGCAUCGCCACGACGCUCCACAGUAUCAGAGCAAGAUCUCUGCCCUAUCUGCGGGCGUCGGUUCCCCGAAAUCAGCAACGAGCAGCCCCUCGAAGCACGCGAGGCGCACAUCAGGCAGUGCAUCGAGAACUACGGGGCCCCAGUUGCAACCACCACAGCCUCUACCUCCACGCGCAGGGGGCUAGCACCACCACCGCCGCCGCCGCCAACACCACCCGUGGCUCGAAUGCUUGAGUUCACGGCCACGGAGAAGGACUGCAUUGGCGAGGAUGCGGGGGCCGCCGAGUGCCCCAUCUGCUUGGUGGAGUACGAGGUCGGAGACGUGCUGAUCCGACUGGAGUGCUUGUGCAAAUUCCACAAGCACUGCAUCUUGGGUUGGUUCGAGCGCAAGAUGGAGUGUCCAACCCACAAGGUUUCCUAA